AUGGAAGAGACGGGAGGUGCCACGGCGGGGGAGCAAAAGCAGCACCAGAACACGGCCUGGGGAGCUGGAACCAGGAACCGACGGGAGACGGUGACGGAGGGGGAAAGCAAGGGGGAAGAGGUGGUGGUGGUGGAGGAGAAGGAGGAGGCGGGCUUGGAGGGGCAGAGGAGAGACGGAGGCAGAGAGACUCAGAUUCCGACUCAGACUCAGACUCACGCCGGCCCUAGCAACAAGUUGGAACCCAGACAGCCGAAAUAA